AUGAGUGAUCUUGGGUUGCUACAUUAUUUCUUGGGCAUUGAAGUUUCUCAAGUGAAAGAAGGAAUUUUUAUUUCUCUAAAGAAGUAUACUAAAAGUAUUCUUCAAAAAUUUAAAAUGAUGGAUUGCAGGUCUAUGGCCAUACCAUUAGCAGCAAAUGAGAAGUUCAGAAAAGAUGAUGGAGCAAAGAAAGCUAAUAGCUCACUUUACAGGAGCUUGAUUGGAAGCCUGCUAUAUCUUACUUCAACAAGACCUGACAUUAUGUUUGCUGCUAGUUUAUUAUCCAGAUUCAUGCAAGAACCAAGCCAAGUGCAUUUUGGAGCUACAAAGCGUGUUCUACACCACUUGCAAGGGACAAUGGAUUAUGGGAUAAUGUACAAAUUUGAUGGAGAUUUGGACUUAAUUGGCUAUUCUGAUAGUGACUGGGCUGGAAGGAUAGAUGACAUGAAGAGUACUUCAGUUAUACUUUCUUACUUGGUUCAAGCAUUUGUUCUUGGUUGUCAAAAAAGCAAAGUGUUGUUGCUCAAUCCACUACCGAUGCAGAAUAUGUCUCAGCAGCUAAGGCUACUUCUCAAGUUGUUUGGCUUAGGAGAAUGCUUGAAGAUAUUGGUGAAAAACAAAAAGGAGUGA